CACGUAAAUUUAUUUGGAGAAUGAGGUCGGCCUCGGUGUAGGCGUGGUGGCAGCAGUUCGGCAGUGAGGAAGCAUGGCUGGCCCUACCAUCGUUUCGAGCUUGUACUCCCUGCUGUUUCGCAGGACUUCCACCUUUGCCCUCACCAUUGCCGUGGGAGCCGUGUUCUUCGAGCGCGCCUUUGACCAAGGCGCAGACGCGAUCUAUGAGCAUGUCAACGACGGGGUGAGGGCCUGGGCCAUCCUGACCUUGGGCUUUCUUAAGAUGACGGAGUGGAAAAGCUGUGGAAACAUAUCAAGCACAAGUAUGAGAACCAGGAGUAGUUCUUUGCCUCCCGGGGGCCAGAAGGACCAGGUCUACCUGCUAGCUGUUUGCGAAGAGCCGGUGGGCUCAGCCUAAAGAUGAGUCUGAGUUGCUCUUCACAGCCCACCUGUAGCUGUUGGCAAGAAAUGGCUCCACCUAACAAACAGACUGUUUAACUUCUGCUGUGUUUGAAGUAUGUUUAAUUGGAGUUAUCAGCAAAUAAAUGUAAAUUAUCCUUGAGA